CCUCCAUUUCUCCUCCAUUUCUCCUGACUUGCUUGCUUAAUGACUGUCUGAUUGACUGACGGACGUCAGCAUCAACCUCAAUUUCCCUCCCUCUAUUCCCUCCCUCUUUUCCACGCCCACACCACCUCCACUACCUCUCCUUACCAUCCAUGUCCUCAUGACCCUCUAUGACCACUCCGGAUGUCUAUCGAGAUGCGGAAUACCUCGCUGACGUGUCCGGCUUAUCGCCCGGCCUCGUCGCCGGACCUCCGUCCAGCAGUAGUAGCAGCAGCCACGAUGAGCGCAUGAGAAAGAUACAAUCGACUACCAAGGUAGCGUACAUCGACCGACUGCUCCGCGAUCUCGAUAUUCUCAUAUACUGCGAGCUGUCCGCGCUUUAUUACAUGGACUGUUCGAUCAUCCUCUUCGCGACCCGCGCCAUCGUGCAACUCAUCUUCUUCACCCCCAAAGUGCCCCCCUUCGACCCGACGCGCCGACCGCCAUACGUCAGCGCCAUCCUCCUCAGCAACCUGUUCUGUAUGCUGUGUCACCACCUCUUUGCGCCGCCGGAGGCCGGCGAGGAGACACGCGGAUACAUGCACGGCGGCCUGCUGAUCGACUUCAUCGGCCAGAGGACGCCUGUCCCCUUGCUGCGGCUGCUGUUCAUGGAUUCGUUGGUGCUGGUGCUGAAUCUCGUUAUGUUGAUGUUGGUGGUUGAGCGGGUGAAGACUGUUGAGGUGCAGCCGCAGACGCAGACCACUACAACGACGAUAACAACUACGAGUACGGGUACGGGCACUACUACCGGGGAAGGAUCCGGAUCUGCUACCGCUGGUGUCGGGAAUGCGGAGCAACCGGGGCAGGGUCAAGAUCAUGAUCUGGAAGAGCGGGGGAUUCUUCGCGGAGGGCGGACGGCAUCGGACUCUAAUGCUCGAUCUGAGGUGGAGAGCGGCGAACACCGACCCAUCCAUACCGAUGACAAUGAUAUCGACGAACGGACCGAGUUGCUGGCUGACCCGGCUGAGAGCGGUUUGAACCUGGGCAGCACGGCGGCGAAGGACAGCCACCCGCUGGAUGGGUUCGCCUCUGGCCAGGCGGUUAUCAUGGAGGCCGGAUUGGUGGAGGUCGUCCGCGAGCAGUGGCGGUACAGUGCUGCGACGGCGCCCAGGGCCCAGCGGCCGUUUGUGCCCUCGCGUCACACGGAGGUGUUUCUGCGUGAGAGGUUGGGACUUCGGAUUGCGGCGAAUGGGCGCAUGGAGCGCAUUCCGCGGGUAACAGCUGGGGCUGGGGCUGGGGCGGGGGUCUAGGUUUAGGGUGUAAUGGCUGCUUUUGGAGUACUACGUCUCCUGUAUUGUAUAGAUUAGGAUAUACUCCGUGUAUUGACGUCGAUACACAUGAUAGUUCUUGGCUUCAGGACAUAGCAAGGGAGGAAGAGUCUCGUGUGUUGUGUAGGUUUCACGAGGUAAUUCGAUAAGAUCGACCAGCUGAGUGGAGUUCUUCUCCAUGCAUGCAUCUCUUCAU